CAUGUGCAUGGUGUGUCCUUGUGGUGAAGUCUGUGGCCGGUGUAAAAACCUCUCCAGGAUACACCCGGCGCAUUUUAAUGGGUUGCAGGGUGACUCGAGCAGCGCGCGCGGCAUCCAAUCCCCAGUGAUACAGCGUGCGCAAAUACUACUUUCCAUCUUUGGGCUUUUUUAUUUAUUUCUUUUCCUGACAAACCUUACAAUCUUUACUCACUGAUCACACCGAGAGAGAGAGAGAGAGAGAGAGAGAGAGAGAGAGAGAGAGAGAGAGAAACAAAGCAAAACAAAACAUGAUGUCGAUUUUUCUCCAAUCCAGCCAUCUAAGCGUAAUCCUGGGUACUAUUUUCCGCUCUUGAUUUCCUUUCUUUCUUUCUUUUUUUUUUUUUCUUCCCCCCCCCUCCUCUUUCUCUCUCUCCAUGUCGGCUCGUGGAGGCGUUCUUCAAGCUGAAGUGUGUCAUCGUGUGUCGGCCGCCGUUUCUCCCCGAACAUGCUGGGCUCCUCCACACACACAUAACGCACCGAGGAUCGGCGUCGCGCCGCGUUUCCAGCAGGACGCGUUUCCAAACCUGGACUAUUAUACGCUUUUUUUAUUCUGAUCGAGUUCACAAGACGCCGUUUCCCCCCCCUUUCUACAAGGGUUUGCUUUCUUCAACUUCAUAAAAGGGGGUAACCACAGACUACUAGACGCUCUGACGUCCGCAUCCCAGAUUUUUAAUGUGCAUAUUGUUUUGCUUUCCUCCAGCAGUCGGAGAAACGAACCUCGUCCCUCCAGCAGCCGUCACGCGGGGAUGCUUGUGUAGAUUUCCGUGGGGUUUAUUAUUUUUUUGGUUUGUUUGUUUGUUUGUUUGUUUGUUUUAUCCACCGCACCCCCUAAAUCUCCCAACAUCUUUUCGAGCCGAAGGAGGAAAAGACAACAUCCUUAAAGCAUCCUAGUGUGGAGCAGAUCCCCGGAACCAUGGCUCGUCCGCAGAUUCGGACCGGGAUUUAAUUCAUCUGAGUGACACGAAGGCGCCACUUUUCUGUCUUUCUUUCUUUCAUUUAUUCUUUCUCUCGUUUUUUCCCCCCCUUUUCUUUUUAUUUUUGGCUUUUUCCCCCCCGGUAGACCCUUUUUUCGUUACUUGUGAAUUAAAGUGAAAUGUAAUCAUGAUGUGUGAUGUGCUGUUGGUCGAGCUGCUCUGUGAUCUGUACGGAUUUCCAUAACCGGGGAAAACACCUUGGGACCAAUUACGAGCUUUUUAAAUACCCCACUUCUCUGCUCUUUUUUUUUUUAUUGCAGAGCAAUCACACAUGUGAUCCAGUGGGUUUGAUUUGAGCGAUUGAUUUGGCCCGUUUUAUUCCCCUUUCCGUUCCCUGUGUUGGAUUUUUUUUUUUUUUUUUUUUGUUCUAAUCUUUGAUCGUUUUGGACCACGGGCGGUUGGAUUACUGAAGGUGUACAUAUAUAUAAACGGAUUUGUGGAAAUGUUGGGUCCUCACCAAGAAACAAUAUGUGGAAUUGUCUCUGCUCUGACAGUGUUGUCGUCUGUCUGCUUUGUACAAUGCAAUUCUGCGGCAUCUGGAAUAUCUGUGGCCAAAUCGACAGUGGACAAACUGUUGAGGGGGUAUGACAUCCGUCUCCGGCCGGAUUUUGGAGGUCCCCCAGUCAUUGUGGGAAUGAGCAUAAAUAUCGCCAGCAUUGACUCCAUCUCAGAAGUCAACAUGGACUACACCAUCACUAUGUAUUUCCAGCAGAGCUGGCGGGACAAACGGCUGGCGUACGCAGAGAUGGCACUCAAUCUGACCCUCGACAACCGCGUGGCCGAUCAGCUUUGGCUACCUGACACCUAUUUCCUGAACGACAAGAAGUCCUUCCUGCACGGGGUGACAGUCAAGAACCGCAUGAUCCGGCUCCACCCCGAUGGCACGGUGCUGUACGGACUGAGAAUAACCACAACGGCUGCAUGCAUGAUGGACCUGAGGAGAUACCCCCUGGACGAGCAGAACUGUACCCUGGAGAUUGAGAGCUAUGGAUACACCACAGAUGACAUUGUGUUCUUCUGGCAAGGAGGGGACAGUGCUGUGACCGGAGUGGACAAACUGGAGCUGCCGCAGUUCUCCAUCGUGGAGCUGCGUCUUGUGUCCAGAGAAGUGAGGUUCACGACAGGCUCGUAUCCCCGGCUGUCGCUGAGUUUUCGCAUCAAGAGGAAUAUAGGCUACUUCAUCCUACAGACCUACAUGCCCUCGAUCCUGAUCACCAUCCUUUCCUGGGUGUCCUUUUGGAUCAACUAUGACGCCUCUGCUGCUAGGGUGGCACUCGGGGUCACCACGGUACUCACUAUGACAACCAUUAACACCCACCUGCGGGAGACCCUCCCAAAGAUCCCCUAUGUGAAAGCCAUCGAUGUCUACCUCAUGGGCUGCUUCGUUUUCGUGUUCCUGGCCCUUCUCGAAUAUGCCUUCGUCAACUACGUGUUUUUCGGACGAGGACCCCAGCAGCAAAAGAAAAUCAACGAUCGCCUCAACAAAGCUAACAACGAACGCCCACGUUAUGAGGACAAACGCCUGCGAGACCAGGACUCCAUUUCAGCGCCGUUUCAAACCAACACCCUCAGGUCAUACACACAGCGAAGAAAUCUGUAUCUCGAGGAACAAAGAAAAGUUGGGGUGGACGCUUACGGAAACAUCCUGCUCACCACGCUGGAGAUGAACAAUGAGGUGAUGCCGUCAGACGUGGGCAGCAGCGUAAGUGACUCGCGCAACUCUGUCAUGUCGUUUGACAGCUCGGGCGUGCAAUUCCGUAAGCCUGUCGGUUCCUCACGUGACGGCUUUGGCCAUCACUCGCUGGAGCGCGGCGCCAUGCGCAGCCGCGCCAACUGCCGUCUGCGGAGGCGCUCGUCCAAGCUCAAGCUCAAAAUCCCCAACCUGACGGAUGUUAGCACCAUUGACAAGUGGUCGCGCGUGAUUUUCCCCAUCACGUUUGGAUUCUUCAACCUCAUCUACUGGUUGUACUACGUGAAUUGACACACAACGUCCCCCCAGGAAACAUGGGCCAUAUUUUGAGAGCACACACUGAAUUGGCUUUGAUACAAUUGGAAAAUAUGUAUACACAUAUAGGAAAAGUUCAUACAUAUGUAUAUGCAUAUUUCUAUAUCUUAUAUUUCUAUACACAACAAUGCGGAAAGGACUUUUCUGAUGUAAAAAAAAAAAAAAAAAAAAAAAAAAAAAAAAAGUAUUAUAUAGAUUGACUUGAAUGUUUAAGAAUCAUGUGAGACAAACAUUUCUUCUACUUCUGAAACUAACAAACACACGAACAAGAAAAAAAAAAUCCUCCUGAGGGUUUGGAACUAAGGACUGCAUGAUAUUUUUGCUAAAAGAAAGAUUGCAAGAUAUACAGAAAAGGAUACAGCAGAGCAUCCUCAUUUGGCUUUUUAUUGAUACAUACUGCAAUCAACCUUUCCAAAAUGCAGCUCAUGAAAUCAGUCAUGGCUCGUAUGCUUUUGGGCACAGACCAGGCAGAACACAUUCCCUCAGCCCCCAAUCCUCCAUUCAGUGCGCCUCCUUUCCUCCAGUCCCUCAUGGAAGGGACUCACAAGUUGUUUUUUUCCCCCGCCCCCGAUUCUAUGCUGUACAGCAACGUCAUCCUUUGGAUUAUGUGUUGUUUCCUUGAUUUUUCUGUGAGAGACCUUUCUCUUUCCUAGGUAUAAAGCUCUGGUCAUUGGUUUACACUGGACGGCCAAAAAAAACAAAACAAAACAAAACAAAAAAAAACACAAGCCCCGCCCAGAGUCUUCUUUUUCGUGUUUUUUUUUUUUUUUUUUUUUUUUUUUUUUCCUCUUAAUUCCAUUUUUGCGAGUCUUGGGAAUUACUUUCAUUUUGGUUGUAAGGAUUCUGACUACUCUGGUUGCUAUUAUUUUGUCUUUGGAAAAAUUCAUACGUUCUGGGGAGAGCAGUUUAAUUAAGCAUAGAGUUAUAGAGUUAGCGCAUUUGCUAGAUAACGAGCCACCUAUAUGCAUUGUUCAUCUUUGUUUUUGUUUUUGUUUUGUUUGGAGAAAAAGGAAAACGGCAUCACGUGUACAUUUACUCAAUAUCCUCAUCGAAUAUGGUUAGGUAGUAUAACUGUACUCUUACUUUAUUCUUGUUCCUAGUGAUAUCCAUCUGUUUUGUAGAUAAAGUACGCAUCGUCAUCAUCGACUUUGUGUUGUGUGAGGACGUGAAAAAAAAAAAAGGGACGGUGGUGAGCUACAAGUUGUUUGUCUGAGCUUGGUUUUGAAGUUAGUCCAUCAACUAUAUGAAGUUGUAUUUAAAAAAAAAAAAAAAAAAGAAAGAAAAGAAAAAGAAUAAUGUGUAUUAAAACAGAACAGACGGUCAUUGUUUUCAAAUCUGCUGAAUAUUUAAAUGAUCAGCCCAUUGUGUGACCUGAUAUUGUAUGUGAUAAUUCACUCAUCUUUAACGGCCCAUUCUGAGAACAAUUCAAUAUGUUUGGGGUUUUUGUUUGUUGUUGUUUUUGUUUUUUGUUUUUUCGUUGUUGUUUUUUUUUUUUUUUUUUUUUGGUUCCUCUAAAAUGUGCCUGUCUGCAACCUGAAGUAGGUGUCCUCAAUCGAUCACUGAAGUAAAAGAGGGCUAAAUGGCGCUCGAUCUUUGACCUGCAGACCCACCCACAGCCCUGAUGUUACACAUCUUAGGAUUCAAUCCCAAAGACUGAUGACAUCAGCAUGAUCAGGAAAAAAAAAAAAAAGAAAAAAAAAAAAAAAGAGCUUCUGAGUCUUAACGGGGCAAAAUAAGAUGUACGAUAAAAGCCAUGAACUGACGUGACAACCAAAAAGGCCUAUAAACCCAUUCUUAUGUCAUUCUUAUGAAUUUCAGUGUAAUAUCCUCUCAUCAUGUCAUGCAGCAAACCUCAUGUACGUAACCACCGACACCGGUUCUUACGAGAUCCAUCUAGCUCCAUUCAAAGCUGCCCGGGUCUCUCAAAGUCGCAAGGUCUGCAAGGUUGGGUCAGUCCCUCAGGAGGUACAAAAUGGAUGCGGAUUGCAAGGGCUUUGUCUUUGAGUAGACGUCAGGGCCGGUGGAGCUCGAGAGCCCUGAAAUCUUCUGCGGUCAGGAAGCGGAGGACGUUCUGAGCAGGUCUCAGUUCUCAGAGCCGAGUAGAUUCCUCCGGCUCUCGGCUCGCUCUCGUCACACACCGUCCACCGUUCCGUACAAGAACAUGGGUCAAGCAGGAUUAAUAGCGAGAGAAGAAAAAAACGAGUGACACCUUUGGUAUGGUAUACUCAAAGGAAACAUGGAAAAGAUGGUUAAAGAUGCUCAUCAUUGACACCAAUCUGCUGACUACAGUGCAGGGUCUGGUUGCAAAAUACCUUUAUAUCAAGUGUAGCAAUGUUGUGUGUAAAUUCCACGAACCAGCACCGAAUGCAUGAAUGAAAACAGAGAUGAGGUUUCCUGCAUUUUAAUGUUUAGAUACGAAAGCGAUGUAACGAAGGACAUCAGAAGAAUUCGGUUUCUACUCAUAUCGUAUAAUCAAACGUCGUAAAGGAUAAGCUGGUUAGUCUAGCACAGUCUGCUCACCUGAAUCCGUGUAGAUUUCACCUCGGGGAGCUGGAGAGCGGCGAUUCCUUCAUGUUUACUCCACGAAGGAGAGAAAAGUGACUUGACGUAAUCGUGACCGUCGCGUCCGUGGAAGCGAAAGGCAUUUCCCAGAAGGUUUUACUUUGCUCAUGAGGUCACUUAUUUAUUCGCAAAAAGUCAAUGUUGCUCGAACGCUUGAAUGGUAGCCAUCGGUUUUCAUUCGGUCGCCCCUGCUUGCACAUCCCGACAAAUAUGUGGAGAAAAACGAUAUUUCUACACGACAGACUUAUCAAACAGCUAUCAGAUGAUUUAAGGCACGGUAUUUAUCUUUGAACCGACACUACACAGUAGAACAAACAAAGACUAAGAUGGAUUAUCAAGAGACGAUUUUACAUAAAAGUUACUCUGCUUCACAUGUCAAAGCAAAUGCCCUCACGCUGUGGUUUAUACUGUAUAUUAGAUUAUUGACUAAUAAUCUGAUCAAUUAGCAACCUAACUAUCAUUCGUUUCCUACUGGAUUAGCAGUUUCUAUGCACGCCGCAGAACUCGGUUAAACGAUCGGAAAUGUCAUUGGUCAGGAUGCAAACGAAACCGCCGAGCGCUCCCCUUCCUACUGAAAAAUAAACGUUUUGUCUCCGUCAAGUCAGUCAUCAUGUCAUCUCCACGAAUUACGUUGACGAUCGGCGUGUACUUGUAGCACCAGCAGCACUCGGCUAAUUCAUCUUAAACGUUGAACUUCGGUUAAAUUUCGGGUGGAACGGUGAUUUGUCGUGGGCGCCGUCGGCUCCCUGCGAGAUUUGCCUUAAUCAGAUCACAAAAGCAUUUGUUCACACGGACUUUAUCGCAGCAAUACAAUGCAAACACCACACAGCGAGUCGAUUUCAAGCCUUAACGGUCAUAAACGUCAUUAUAAUCACGCCUAGUUGUAGACUGAGAUCAGUUACAGAAAACGUUUGGUUAGAUUUGAUCAAAUCUGCUUUAAUCCUAUCCUGUACUUGUACUUCUACCUAAUAGUGGUGCAUGUACAUCAUAAUAAUAAGGACGAUCCAAAUUCCUGUUCGAGACCUAGCGCAGCACUGUUGCUAACACGACCAAAAUGAGCCACGUGAAAUCAAUACUCAAUUCGCAGACCAUCACGGCAGGUUUUUUUUUUUUUUUUUUUUUCUUUUCCCAAAAGGCGCUACUCGACAAUACGGUAGUCGGAAUCUGUCUUAAAAAAAACAACAAAAAAAAAAACAGGAGUGUCCACGUGCAUUGCUUCAUCGCUAAGUCGUUAUUUCAUCGUUAUUAGUUUCACGUAAGUGUAAAAAAUCGAUAUCUAAGACCGAUAUGCUAGUUUACAGUGGUUAACUGGCCAAAAUACUUAAAUAUAUG